AUGUACAUAAUCCUGCAUCUUGCUACUUCUGUAUUGAAAGAACAGAGACACUUGCUGCUUGGUGUUUCCUAUAUUAAACUUACGGUCAGUAUUACUGAAACUUUUGUUUGUACUGCUCAUCAGGAUGAUGGUUUAGAGCAUACAAGUGAUGGAACAGUUGAUAUCAACAAACAGCCUGCCAGGAGGCGUAGCACAGGGAACUGGAGGGCAUGCUACUUCAUUUUAGGUGCUGAAUUCACCGAAGGCAUCUGCUUCUUCGGGAUCCAGAAGAACUUGGUCACGUACCUCACGAGCGUGCUGCACGAGAGCAAUGUCGACGCCGCGAGGAACGUGUCGACCUGGAUCGGCAGUUGCUUCUUCACGCCGCUCAUCGGAGCCUUCUUGGCCGACACAUACUGGGGGAGAUACCGGGCAAUAGUAGUCUUCCUUUCAGUCUAUACCGUUGGGAUGCUGGUUAUGACAUUGUCAGCGUCGAUCCCGGUGCUGAUGCCCUCUUUAAGCACCAGCGAAAUCCAGCGUGCCAUGGUCUACCUAGGGCUCUACCUCGUCGCCUUGGGGACCGGCGGCAUCAAGCCGUGCACGUCAGCCCUCGGGGCGGACCAGUUCGACACCGCUGACCCGGUGGAGCGGGUGACCAAGGGCUCCUUCUUCAACUGGUACUACUUCCUGAUUAACGUCGGCUCUCUGCUGUCGACGACCGUGCUUGUGUGGGUGCAGGACAAUGUCGGGUGGGGAGUCGGGUACGCGAUCCCGAUGGUGUUGAUGGGCUUCGGGCUCGUCGUGUUCGUCUCCGGCAGGAAGGUUUACCGGUACAAGAAACUGGGUGGAAGCCCUCUGAAGAGGUUGUCACAGGUGGUCGUCGCUGCUGCAAGGAAUUAUCGUCUCAAGUUGCCUGAUGAUGGCUCAGCCCCGCUGCAUGAGGAGGAAAUGUCCCCGAGUCAGGUGAAUUGCAGCACUGAGCGUACCAGUCAGUUCAGGUUCCUUGACAGGGCUGCCAUUGUAGUGCCACCUUCUUCGGGCAAGGCCGUGGAGACGAUGGACCCAUGGAGGACAUGCACUGUGUCCCAGGUCGAGGAGCUGAAGAUGCUGCUGCGGAUGUGCCCCGUCUGGGCGUCUCUCCUCUUCUUCUUUGCGGUCACCGCUCAGAUGUCGUCGACCCUGAUCGAGCAGGGCAUGGCCAUGGACAACCGCGUCAGCCGGUUCACGGUCCCGCCGGCCUCCCUCUCCACUUUCGACAUCCUCGCUGUGGCAGCCUUCAUCCCCAUCUAUGACCUCGUGCUGGUGCCGCUUGUCCGACGCGCCACCGGGAGGGACCGGGGCCUCUCGCAGCUGCAGCGCCUCAGCGUCGGCCUCGCGCUGUCCGUGCUCGCCAUGGCCUACUCCGCGUCGGUCGAGAUGAGGCGGCUGAAGGCGGCCAGAGCCGGCCGGAGCGUGAACAUCAUGUGGCAGACGCCGUCCUACGUCGUGCUUGGAGUUGCCGAGGUGUUCACCAGCGUCGGCAUCAUGGAGUUCUUCUAUGACGAGUCCCCCGAGACCAUGAAGAGCAUGGGCGCGGCGCUCGCCCAGCUCGCCAUCUCGGCCGGGAACUACCUCAACUCCGCCGUGCUCGGCGUGGUCGCGUCGGCGACGGGGCAUGGUGGCGCGCCCGGGUGGAUCCCGGAUGACCUCAACGAAGGCCACCUCGAUUACUUCUUCUGGAUGAUGGCUGGUCUCAGCGUGCUGAACCUGUUGAUGUUCAUCUACUUUUCGCUGAGAUACAAAGGCUAG